CACCUUCCUUCUUCCUCCAUGUCUAAUGUCUUUUCUUAUCCUUCCAAGCUUUUAGUUUAAACUUUUGGUCAACUUGUUCUUUAACGUUUGAAUAGUUUUUCUCUCUCUGGACCACACACCACUUCAUAACCACUAAUAUUAAUGACUCCUCAACAUCUCAGCACACUCCUCUGCUAUUCCCCUGUACCUCCCUCCUUUCUCCUUCCUAUAUCCUAUUCCUCUCACUCAGCUUCUCUCUCUUUCCUGUUUUAGUAUAACUCCUUUUUUCUCUUCCCUUGGUUUUCAGUCCAUGAUCAUUGUUUUUGCUCGACCUAAUAGUAUGUCUGCUUUUUUUGUGAUCUAUAGGCCACAAGGGUCAAGGAAUUGGGGUUCCUUUUGACAUGGGGGUUUGCUUUAGCACCCAAAUUAAAACUGAGAGCCCAUUUAACACUGGGUUAAGUUCAAAGUAUGUGAGUGCCAAUAAAAAAGAUCUCAAUCCAUGUAAUGAAGUUUACAAUGAUGUCAUCAGCCCAAGUAGUGAAGUCUCGGUGCCCCAGACUUCAAAGAAUGAGGGUGAGAUUUUGGAGUCAUCCAAUCUCAAAAGCUUUAGUUUGACAGAACUUACGGCUGCAACCAGAAAUUUCCGUUCAGAUAGUGUGUUAGGAGGUGAUUUUGGAUCAGUUUUUAAGGGUUGGAUUGAUGAUCACUCACUUUCAGCUGCCAAACCUGGCACGGGCAUUGUUGUUGCUGUGAAAAGACUUAAUCAGGAGAGCUUCCGAUGUCACAAGGAGUGGUUGGCAAGGCAUGGUAUGAUUCACGAAGCAAGUCUCGAGGCUGAAGUAAACUAUCUAGGCCAGCUUUCACAUCCUCAUCUAGUGAAAUUGAUUGGAUAUUGCUUUGAAGAUAAAAAUCGCCUUCUGGUAUAUGAAUUUAUGCCUCGUGGUAGCUUGGAGAAUCACUUGUUCAUGAGAGGCUCAUACUUCCAACCACUUUCUUGGGGCCUUCGUUUGAAAGUAGCUCUUGGUGCUGCCAAGGGGCUUGCAUUUCUUCACAGAGCUGAAACAAAAAUGAUAUAUCGAGAUUUUAAGACUUCAAAUGUCUUGCUGGAUUCAAAUUAUAAUGCAAAGCUUUCAGAUUUUGGGCUGGCAAAGGACGAACCAAGCGGUGAUAAUAGUCAUGUCUCCACAAAGGUAAUGGGAACCUACGGAUAUGCAGCUCCUGAAUAUCUAGCCACAGGUCAUCUCACUGCUAAGAGUGAUGUCUUCAGUUUUGGAGUUGUGCUGUUGGAAAUGCUAUCAGGGAGAAGGGCUAUUGACAAGAAUAGACCAAAGGGACAGCAAAAUUUGGUGGAAUGGGCCAAACCAUACCUAGCCAACAAGCAUAAGCUUUUACGUGUAUUGGAUAACCGUCUUGAAGGCCAAUAUGCAUUAGACGAGGCCCAUAAAGUAGCUACCCUGUCUCUACAAUGCCUUGCAACAGAAUCCAAGUUGAGACCAAACAUGGACGAGGUUGUCAUAAAUUUGGAGCAGCUUCAGGUUCCCCAUAUAAACGCAAACAAUCAAAAUCGUUCCCUUAAUGGCUCUCGGCCUCGUAGAAAAAGUGCUGAUGAUGUUGUUGCCCAUGCUAGAUUCACCACAGCUUAUCUACAACCUCUUACUCGACAUUGCAAUACUUAAAUAUAUCCUUGAAACUUGAGCGUUUCUAUAUACGUGAAUCCCUUCCCAUAAUCAUAUCACACACAUGUUAUCUAAUAGAUUUUACUUAUCUUAGUAUUGCACGUAUAUAUUCUAAAUUUUGUCAACUGUUUGUAAAAGUCAAAAUAGCUGCAAACGCUGGUGCUUUUGUAUCUGAAUUUGGUUUACUCAAUUUUGUAGUAUGUUAUAUAUAUAUUGUAAAGUUUUCCUAAUUUUGUCCUUUUUACAAAUUGACAUUGAAUUUGCAAUAAAACUUACAGGUAGAUGAAUUAUUGAUUUCACAUUGGAAUAACAUUUUUUUCCAUCAUGACGUAGAAGGAACUGUAGGGUAGAUUUUGUUGUGCAACAUGAUACGAUUAGCUUGUAGGGUGUAUACUGAAUGAUUCAUUAAGAAGGGUUUAAUAAAAG